AUGAGGCUCCCCGCCCUCUCUCUCCUUCUUCUCUGUCUCACACGCUCUCCAGCUGUCCUCGCAUCCUCCGGCGACCGCGCGCAGGGCUUCCGCGACUGCGUCUCGACAUGCGAACGCCAACUCUGCCCCGCAUCCUCGCCCAUCCCGCUCUCGUUCGCCCUCCGCCUCACCCGCUGGACAUGCACCGAUGACUGCAAGUACCGCUGCAUGCACAUGGUCACCGAUGCCGCCAUCAAGCACGGCGCGCCCGUCGAGCAGUACUACGGCAAGUGGCCCUUCUGGCGGCUCGCCGGCAUGCAGGAGCCUGCCUCUGUGCUCUUUUCUGUCUUCAACUUCGUCGCCCACUUCAACGGUGCGCGCAAGAUCCUCCGUAGGGUACCGGACGGCCACCCAAUGAAGAAGUUCUACCUCGUCUUUGCCCUCGCGAGCAUGAACGCGUGGGUCUGGUCCUCCGUCUUCCACACCCGAGACCUGCCCACGACCGAGAAGCUCGACUACUUCUCCGCCGCGCUCGCCAUCCUCUACGCGCUCUACUACACCGUCAUCCGCCUCUUCCACCUCUACCCCACCACCACCACCAUCGCCCACAGCCCGCGGUCGGGGACACACGUGCUAUGGACGCUCCUCUGCACGAUCGCCUUCCUCGCGCACAUCUCCUACCUCUCCCUCCUCCCCCGCUUCGACUACGCGUACAACAUCGCCUUCAACCUCGCCGUCGGCAUGACCCACAACCUCCUCUGGCUCGGCUACGCGCUCCCCGCCUCCGCGCCCCUCGUCCGCCGGUUCCCCGGCCAGGCGCGCGGGUACCGCCCGCGGCACGCGUACAAGCCCGCCGCGCUCGAGCUGUUCGACUUCCCGCCGUGGGCGCGGGCCGUCGACGCGCACGCGCUGUGGCACCUCGCGACGGUGCCGAUCGCGGUGUAUUGGUACGACUUCCUGGUCGAGGACGCGUUGGACGACGGGUGGAGGGUGAAACAGUGA